UACAUAAGUCAUGAAUCAAGUAUUAUCAACUAGUUUUACCUAAAUUGACGCAAAAUUUCAAUGUGUCUUUGUCAGUAUGGUGCAAAAGAACAUAUAAAACAGAAGCAAAAUGUCUCUGUUUCGUCGACCAAAAAAAGCGGCUGUACAUCGUCGAGUGUUCAGUGCUGUAGACGACGAUGAAAGUACUGAAAAUUCAGGAAAAAAUUGUGUAGAAGACGAAUUGUGUAGAAGCAUUAAAACACCAUCACUUCUAAGCUUUGGAGACGAAGAAGAUGAAGCUGAAGUGUUUCAGAUUAAAAAAUCUUCUCAAAGUAAGAAGGUUAUGAAGAUGCUAGACAAGGAGCGACGUAAGAAGAAAAGUAAAGAAAAAGAUCAAUCGAAUGCAAUCGUUCAAGAUUCGUCGAUGAGUGAAGGAAAAUCCAACAACGGUUUCAACAAUGAAACAAAUCCAUAUGACGUUGUUUGUCCAGCAUCAUUUGGAAAAAAUUCGUCCGAUCAGGCAAAAUCAUCACAUGUUUCCAAACAUACUGAAAUACGUACUGAUGACUUUGUGCUUGUUGUUAAGAAAACAGAAACUGAGCCGAGUCUUGUGUUGAAUGGUCGAGCAGCGUUGUGUGCGGGACGUGAUGAUAUGUCAUCAUCUGAGGAUGAAUCUGUGACAAAAGAACAACAUCAACAUCGUUUUACAAAACCAGACAAUUUCAAAGCAUUACUAGAAAGUGGAGCUAUUCCCGAUGCUCACAUGAUUCACGAAGCACGUAAAAAAAGGCAAUUGGCACGAGAAUUGGGUGAUUUUAUUCCAAUUGAAGACAAUGAGCAAGUAGAUAAUAAAAAAGGACGGCUAAUACGUGAAGAAGCUGAAGAUGAUGUAUCGGACGAAGAGCGAGUUAAUAUGUCGGCCAUAACGGGACAAAAGGAAUUGGAUGAGAGACGAGAAAAGUUUUAUUCUGUUCAAGGACAUGGUUCUGAUGAAGAUUCCGAUUUGGACAUACAUGAGUGGGAAAGUCAACAAAUUCGAAAAGCAAUAAGUGGCUCGCAGUUGAUUAAUGCGCAACAAGAAGCCUUUUCGCAUUUCUUAAUUAGAGAUGGGUCGAAUGACUCUUUAAGCUCUGCGCAAAUUUCAACUGGAAAUCUCUUGAAACUGGCUUAUGCGAGCUCGAACAUUCAUAAGUCACCAUCUACGAAAUUAAAUCAAAUCAAAACCGGGAAGAAAACAGGGCCAAAAAUGCCGCACGAAGUGCUUGAUAUUGUGAAAGAACGUUUGAAUCAAGUGGAAGAAUCGAAAAGUGAACAUUUGAGCCAAAUUCAAAAAAUCAACAAUGAUUUGAAUGUUUUAACACUCGAAGAACUAAAUCUGGAGCAAAAUGCUCCAGUUGUUGCAUCGAAGUUUCUUUUUUAUCAGGAGCUCAAAGGUUAUAUAUACGACCUUAUCGAAUGCUUUGAUACAAAAGUUCCCCAAAUAAAUGAACUUGAACGAAAAUAUAUGGCCGCGGAAGUAAAAUAUGCACAUUUUCUGAUCGAACGCCGACGACAAGAUGUGCGUGAUCAAGCUAGAGAUUGUGUUGCAUCGCAAAAAUCUGUACAUAUAGCAUCAUCCUUUCGAAAGGAGGAAGAACAGCAAAUUCAACGUGCAGCCGAACGUGAAGGGCGUCGUACGCGGCGCCGAAGAGACCGUGAACGUAGAUGCACUACUAAUGAUCACCUAGACGGCAUGUCAAGUGACGAUGAAAUACCCGACCAAGAAAGUACUACGUAUAAAAAUCAGAUUAAACAAAUAAAUGCGGAAGCAUUGCUUGUUUUUGAAGAUUGUGCGGACGAGUUCAGUGAUUUGUCGUCGAUUUUGGGGCAUUUUGAGGCAUGGCGCAAUCACGACAUUGACUCCUACAAGGAAACAUAUUUUAGUCUUUGCUUGCCAAAGAUUAUCGGUCCAAUUCUUCGCUUGAAUUUGUUGACUUGGAAUCCACUGAAUAACGAUUGCAAAGACUUAGAGAAAAUGAAAUGGUUUGAAAUUAUAAUGAGAUAUGGAUUUAUACCAUCUGAAACGGAAAUUCGAUUGUUCGACGAUCCAGAUAUCCGAUUAGUGCCAACUUUAAUGGAGAAAAUAGUUUUACCUAAAAUAACCGAGUUUAUUGAAAAGGCCUGGGAUCCAUUGUCAUCUACGCAAACACUUCGUUUGGUAACAUUAAUUAAACGGAUGAUCGCACGUUACCCAACACUCAAAUCAACAUCCAAAUACAUGAGAAAUCUCAUAACAACCAUAUUGAAUGCGAUGAGACUUUCACUUGAAUACGAUGUGUUCAUUCCAAUUUUCCCUAAACAGCUUCAAGAUGCAAAAUCUUCAUUCUUUCAACGUCAGUUUAGCAGUGCACUGAAACUAUUUCGAAAUCUACUAAGUUGGGAGGGAAUCAUCAGUGACAGUCCCCUGAAGGAAAUUGCCAUCUCAUCCUUGCUAAAUAGAUAUUUACUGUCAGCUAUACGGAUAUGCACUCUAAUGGACGCAGUAAAUAAAUCAUAUAUAAUAAUAAACACAUUGCCUUGUGUUUGGCUUCAACAAAGCUCCAUACUUCAAAGUCUUGAUUUAUUUAUCCAGUUCCUUCGAUCAUUGAUAACAAAAAUUGAUGUUGAUAGUGAUGCGGGUAGAAAAAUUAGACUUAUUUUCGAAAUACUUCGAUUGCCGCUAAAUACUUCUAUUUGUUGAAAAUAAUUAGCAAAACUUGCAAAUUAUGAUAAUAAAGUGAUUGUAAGGAUUGAAA